AUGUUUAGCAGAAUUGCAACUAGGAGGUUUAUACCUACCCCCUUUAGUACAAGGUUAACUACCGGCACAAGACUUAAUCUAUCGGCACCACGUUUCACCAAGUCAUAUUCCACGGUGAAUCUGCCACUGCCACCACAUCCUACUUAUACUUCACUUGUUCUCAAUUUAUUCAAAUAUGCUCUUGGUGCUGGUGCGUUGGGAGCAGCCGGGUUUGUGGGUUUUGUUGGAUACAAGAUUUAUGCUGAAACUCAUCCUGGUAAACAAGAGCCACAAUCUCCCACUUUCUCCAGUGGUGAACGCAAAAAGACAUUGGUUCUUUUAGGUUCUGGAUGGGGAUCAGUCGCAUUAUUAAAGAAUUUGGAUACUACUUUAUACAAUGUGGUUUUAGUUUCACCAAGAAACUAUUUCUUAUUUACUCCGUUAUUACCUAGUGUGCCUACUGGGACUGUUGACAUGAAGUCCAUUAUUGAACCAGUUAGAGCAAUUACUAGGUUGUGUAAAGGACAAGUGGUGUAUUACGAAGCAGAAGCUGUUGAUAUUGACCCUGAAACAAACACAUUGAAGAUCCAACAAUCAACAACGGUACAUUCGGGUCAUUCAAAACAAAGUUCAGCAUCAACUAAAUCGGAGAAAAUUGGUGAUGGAAACAUCGAAUAUAUUAAUGCUACACUUCAAUACGAUUAUUUGGUUGUUGGAAUUGGUGCUCAACCAUCAACAUUUGGUUUACCAGGAGUUGCUCAACACUCAACCUUUGUUAAAGAAGUUGGUGAUUCAUUGAGGAUCAAAAAGACAUUGAUUGAUCUAGUUGAAGCAGCCAAUUUAUUACCAGAAAAUGAUAAAGAGCGUAAACGAUUAUUACAUGUUAUUGUAUGUGGUGGUGGUCCAACUGGUGUUGAAGCCGCUGGUGAAAUUCAAGAUUAUAUUGAUCAAGAUUUGAAAAAAUGGAUGCCUGAAGUUGCUAAAGAUUUAAAAGUAACUCUUAUUGAAUCGCAACCAAAAGUAUUACAUACAUUCAACCCUAAAUUGGUUGAAUAUACUAAUCAAGUUUUCCAAGAUACAAAUAUCAAUCUUGUUACGAGUGCUAGAAUCAAUUCAGUUGAUGAUAAAUAUUGUACUGUUUUCCAUAAACAAUCCAAAGAUACUGAGAUUGUUCCCUAUGGUAUGCUUAUAUGGGCCACUGGUAAUGCCACUAGAGACUUCACUCACGUAUUGAUGGACAAAGUAGAAGAACAAAAGAAUGCCAAACGUGGAUUCCUUGUUGACAAAUAUUUGAAAUUACAAGGAUCAUCAAACAUCUUUGCCUUGGGAGAUUGUACAUUUACCAAGUAUCCACCCACAGCACAAGUUGCUCAUCAACAAGGUGAAUACUUGGCCAAUUAUUUCGAUAAGUUACAAAAAUUAUCAAGCUUGAGGUACAAAAUUGAUCAUGAACAAAACCCAUCAGAAACAUUGAAAUCACGAGCUGUCAGAUUAGAAAAGAAUUUACCACAUUUCAUUUACAAUUAUCAAGGAUCAUUGGCUUAUAUUGGAAGUGAGAAAGCAGUGGCAGAUUUGGCUUGGGGCUCGUGGUCAAAUGUAUCGACUGGUGGUAAUUUGACUUAUUUGUUUUGGAGAUCAGCUUAUAUUUACAUGUGUCUUUCGGUAAAGAAUCAAAUCUUGAUUUGCAUUGAUUGGUUGAAGGUGUAUGCUUUUGGAAGAGAUUGCUCAAGGGAGUAG